CACCCAGCCUCUCUUCUAGAAUAAAUCCCUCCCAAGAGGGGAAAUCAUUCUCUUCUGCAAGUUUUCACGGGGAGGAGCUGAAAGUGCCUCUGUGUGCAGACACACACCAAAUGAAAUUCUGAGACAUCCAAGGUGACAUCAGGGGAUAAAAAAUGUUGCAUUCAACUUUAGCCCUGUCUGUUCUAUUGAUUGCAAUAUCAUCCAAUCUAGCAAUGGCCAUCAAGAAGGAAAAACGGCCGCCACAGACUUUGUCAAGAGGAUGGGGUGAUGAUAUAACAUGGGUUCAGACCUAUGAAGAAGGACUAUAUAAGGCCAAGACCAGUUACAAACCCCUGAUGGUUAUACUUCACCUGGAGGAAUGCAAAUACUGCGAGGCACUGAAAGCAGUAUUUUCAACAAAUGAAGAGAUCCAAGAAAUGGCUCAGAAUGAUUUCAUUAUGCUGAACCUUAUGCAUGAACCCUCAGAUAAGAAUUUGUCCCCUGAUGGAAAAUAUGUGCCGCGAGUCAUGUUUGUUGAUCCUACUUUGACAAUUAGAGCUGAUGUGACUGGAAGAUACACAAACCGUUUGUAUACUUAUGAACCACAAGAUGUGCCAUUAUUGAUUGAAAAUAUGAAGAAAGUCAAACGUUUGUCUCAGAAAGAAUUAUAAUCAUAAAAAUAUUUGAAAAUAAAAUUAACCUCUGAGAGGUUGAAAAUUCAGCAACUUUUCUCAGUCCAAGCUUACAUUACUUGUGUCAUUUAUUUUGUCAAGUAAUAAUUAUCUUCUAAAAGAAAACUAUUGAGUCUAGUUUUAUGAAAACUAUGUACUACUCCCUUAAUUUCUAAUUCUGAUCAGCUUUACAAAACAAUGUUGUAUAGCAAAGUUCAGUAUCAAGAGAAAAUAGUCUGUGAAUUCAUGUUUUCAAAAUAAGCAUUAAAAUGAGUUUCUACCUGAACACAUUGUAAGAAAUAAGAAACAGUUGUUAAGAAAUAACUUGAAAUAUAAAAAUGAAGUAAAAAGAGAAAUGUGUGCCAUAAAUUAAAUUAAUUAUUUUACAUUUCAAAUUUCUUUGAAGAAGAUAUAAAAAUGUAGUAUAUUUCUGAUUUUCUCUUCACAGCAUAGCCUCAGAAUUAAUUUUUAUGUUGAUUCUGUUUGAUAUGCUGUCAUAUCUUGUUGUUUUAAAUGAAUAUUUUAUGUCAUGUGUAACCAUGUUGUGUACUAGAACAGCAAAUAAGGCUUAGGGUUUUCAUAUAAUCCUUACAUUAUAAGUUACAUUUCUGAAGAACUAUGAAUAUGUUAUAAAGAACUUCCUCAUAGGCUUGUAAUAUAUGACAAGAGAGUGCAAACAAGCUUAAAAAUAAAACUUUUUGAAACACUA